AUGCAUAGUGCCGAGGUUUCUCCGCCACCAGCCACGCCGCGAGUUCCUGAUUCCUCUCUGUCUUCCGACCCAAGUUUUGUGCCAGACCGAAAACUAUUCAGGCCGCCAGACGCUCUGCUGGCGACAACGAUGGCAGCGCCUUCCACAACAGUCCCUCCUCCGCAUCUGCCGCCGGGAGCGCUGCAGCCGACUGGCGCGCCGCUCGGCGCAGAAGAUGCCCCCAUCACUCCUGGCGCAGCGGCGAGCACAGCUGCGAGUCAAAGCAGCGAUGCCAGUUCUCUCUCCCCCGGCCUCGGAGGAGCGCCCUCUGCGGCUUUGCCGAGUCCCUCUUCGGCGGCGAAUCCAGCGUCGUAUGAACCCGUUGAAGCUGAGGCGGGACACAUUUACCAGCCCGGCACAAAGGCCGAGGUUCGGUUAGUAUACCGUAUCAAGAAAGGGCCUGGCGCGGGGCGCCAUCAGAAGUCCUUCUCCAUCUCGCGCUAUGGUGUCCAAGGAGCGUGGGAGCAAGCUGAGGCAGCCCGCCAAUUCAUCAACGCAAACGGGACGCUGCCGCCCCAUUUUGUAGUGGCCUCUCUGCCGUCGCGAAACAGCCCGAAUGCGUCAUCCGGCGGCAGCAGUCAGAAAAACCGCAGAGUCGCUUCGUGCGGAUCUGCAAACGCGACGACCAGCGCCGCAGGGGCCGCCUCCCUCCCGGGGGCGCUCGCCUCUCAGGCCCCCAGCGCCGGGGCCGGAGUCGCGGGUCCAAGUACCCCUUUGACCGGGAAUUCGGCUGCGGGUCGUUCGCCCCGAGGCACUGGGAGAUUUGCCGUCAGCGCAGGCCGCGGCAGCGCCACCGCCGCACGGGCUGCCGACGGUCCAGUCGACCGGAGACGAGGCGCAGCUGGCAGCGGCGCCUCGCAGGGCGAUGAGACCCGCGACGAGGCAGGCACGCCUGCAGGCUCUGCGGCGGCAACUCCGCGGGGCGCGCGCAGUCGCGGCGCGUCGGCGCGGAUGGCGACGGCGCUGAACGCAGCAACCGGUGCGCCUGCAGGACCUCGAGGACCCCCCCCACCCGCCGUGGGCGGCGCCGCGGGCACGUUUGGGGCUGCUGGGCUCCACACGGGCGCAUCGGCGCCAGCAGCGGCAGUGCAGGCGCCACCGGCUGUCGGCGCCGGAGCCAUGCGGCCAGGCGCCCCCGGCGCCGUCCAAGGCGUCGCAGGGUGUCUCUUUCCAGCGGCCGCCGCCGUUGUCUCUGGAGCCGCUGGAGGGGCGGCGGGCGUUGUGGGGGCGCCGGGGUGGACUCCGGGUGCAGCGGUGAGGGGCCCGAACGGCAACAUUCUCACGGUGGAGGAUCACCAGCGGCUCGCAGCGGUAGCCGGCGCGACCGCGGGGAAUGGCGCCGUGCUCAACCCCCUCAAUCCGUCGCCAGCCUUUUUUGGACUGUUUCCAGGCUUUGUGGCCGCGCAGGCGACUGCGGCCUCGAGCGGAGCAGCGCCUGGCGAUGGCGCGAAAGCUGUCGCGGGUGUUCCAGCUCUAGGCGUGUCUUCCGUAGCUCCCGCCGCAGGUGGAGGGCUGCCUGCCGCAUCCGGCGUCCGCUCCCUCGCAGCCUCGGGUCUUCCAGGAUCUCACGUGAACAACCCGGCGUUAGGCAUCGUUGGAGGGGGCUUGCGCGGCAACUUCCUGUUUUCGUCGCUCCCUGGUUCACACGUGUCCUUCUUGCAGCGGGAAAAUAGUGGAGGCGACGCGGCAGGGAGCUCUGCGCAGCCGCCGCAGCAAGCGGGUGCGGAGGGCAGCGCCACAGCGCAGCCGAAAGAAGAAGGCGAGCAACGUAGUAUCCCAGAGGGUUGCUUCAGGCUGCUUCUCCCGUUCGGAGCCCUGUCGCGGACCUUUUUCGCUCCGGCGACCGCGGUCGCGGCUGCCGGAGUCGCUCAAGCGGGUGACGUCUCCACACCGUCGAACGCGACUCCCGGCGCUGCGCCGGCAGUCGUGGGAGGAACGCAGUUACAUGCCGCCCCUGGGUUGGGGAAGGGCUUUGUUUUUCAUCCGCCGCCAGCGACGUCGCCGUCCUCGUUUUCUACAACGGCCUCGUCUCCGAGCGCAGCGGACGGCAAGCCUCACCACGCCGCUCGUGCUCCGCCGCCCGCCGGCGUGGCGCCUGCGCAUCAGCCAGGGACCGCUGCGGCCUCGUGCGCGCCUGUGGGUUGUCAGGCUCAGAGUGUGGCCGCUGGAGGGUCUCCAGCGUGCAGCAGCAGCACCAGUGCUGGCUGUGCAAGCACUGUAGACGAAGAGAAUCAGAGUCGAAACGGGAGAAGAGGAAGCGAGAGUAGCAGCUCGAGUACGAGCUCCUCGCCGGUGAGUAGCAGAGGCAUUGCGGGUGUCGCGGGGAAGGAGGCGGAUGGCCGGCGAGGAGAGGAGGAAGUUGUGCGAGUGCAGCGGGCGAAUGGCGUUGUCGUGGACUCGGCGGUGGGCAGCGGAGGCAGCAGGCAGCCCGCAUCCCGCAACGAGCAAAUGGAGGUGAAGGGCGAAGGAGGGGCCGCAGCAGCUGCGGCUCCUCUGGUUGCGGCCGCAGGCGAGGGAGUCGAGUAUGACAGUCGCGGCGGGGCGGGAGUGCACAUGCCGGUGCAUGAAGGAGAUGCGGCGGCGGCGCGUGAGGGCGAAGCUGACAAGAGGUGGAGACAAGGAGACGAACAGACAGCAGCCCAGGCGAGCCGAGAAGACGGCUCCUUCUACAGGCGAGAAGAAGAGGAGGGACAGGCGGCGGGGGGACGAGGCAGCGGAACAGCCGGCGCCAGGCGGCGCAGAUCCGAGUCGUUUAGUCACAGCCGAGGAGGGAAUCCGUCCUGGCUCUUCUCCCUCGUGGACGGAGAGGGGGACGGCGAAGAGGGCUCCGGUCCCGACUCGAGAGAUCGGGCAUCGUGCGAACAGGAAGAUCAGAAAGACGAGGAGGGAGAGAGCAUUCGAGAAGGCCGCGACGGCUUUUCUCGCAUCCGAAGCUACCAGUUUUCGAGUAUUCCGUCGCCGCCUGCGUCUUCCUUCUUGUCUUCUUCCUUCAUCCCGUCGCCGCCUCCGUCUCCGCCGUUCUCCCUGCCAGUCCGGUGUCGCCCCGGGGGGUUUUUGUCGUCGCCGAGCUGCAGCCUAGGCGCAGGACGAGCGCUCAAGCGCCGCUGCGUGGAUGUGUCGCCUCUCCUCCUCGCGUCGUCGUCGUCUCUCGUGCUCUCGGCGACUGGGGAGCGCAAGCGGUUCUUGGAAGACCGUGCAGACGAUUCCGGUGGCCGGUCGACCUCUCCGCGACGUUCAGCCAAGGGCAAUGUCCUCUCUUCACCAUCCACGUUUUUUGGCAGACGUGCGCCCUCAGGAUUCACGUCUUCGCCGACUCUCGAGAGCAAAAAGUCGUCGUCCUUGUGUUUUUCGGCCCUCCCGCCCUCCUACACGUCGCUGCGACAGAGCGAGCGUAUGCUGGCGGAGAAGCGCCUCAGGUCGGGCACGGGGUCGGCAGCGGACGUGGAUGAGUCGAACCGAAACCUCGGCGACGACGAGGAAGACCAAAGCAAGAAGAGUGGCUGCCUCACGCAGAGCGCGGACGGGCGGCACGACGAGGACUUCCUGGAUGACGAGGACGACGCCUCUCGAAGAGGGCGACCAGCAGGCGAAAGCCGACACGAGAGAAGGGGAGAGCGAGACAGUGAGCGCUUCUCGCUGCCAGAGCGUCAUGCUUUUGCAGAUGGCGAUGGCAAGGACGAGGCGUCUGGUGGCGGUCUGUCCAGUGGGAGGAAGAACGCGCUCGCAUACCUCUCUUCGCCGAUCAGCGACCUCCUGGCGUCGCCUGUCUUCCCAGGCAACAGCUCUGGCUGCUGCUGCAGAAGCGGCAGGGGGGGUUCAGAAGGCGCCGGAGGUCCUUGCACAUGCGGAGCUGCAGAGAAAGAUCGAGCAUGGCGCCGGCGAGGCGCGCCGUCGCAGCCUGGACUCGGCAGUGAAUGCAUCUCUUCGUCUGUCACUGAAUCUCCUAGUCUCUCUCCUUCGCCCUCUGCCUUCCUGCCCUUCUCGCCCUUCUGCGUGCCGCCGCGGCAGUCUCCGCCGUGCGGCCCCUCGUUGUUUCCGGCGCCCAUCGGCUCUCCGUCGUCGCCGCGGCGCGGGCCGGCCGGCAGCGGGCGGCGGCUCGUGUUGCUGCCGCAGUCGGCGUCGCUGGGGGCGAGCCCGUUUGCGUUGGAGCCGCACGGGACGCCGCAGCUCUUCAGCAACUCACUCCCGCCUGUGUUCUCCGAAAACCUCUCUGCGUCGCCCCUGUCCUUCGCGCUGGCGUCCCCUUCCGUCACCUCGUCUCUGAUGAUUCCGCCCGCGGCGCCUCUGCCGAGCAGCGCGGCGCGCGCCGCGCAGGCCUCCGCGGGGGGCUCGCUCUCGCUUCCGCGGUCUGACGGCCAAGCGUCGUCCCCGUCGCCGGGGAAGGAUUCGCAGUCCGCGGCUGCCGCGCCAGCGGAGGGGCAGCCGCCCGCUGCGGCGAAGACCGCGCCUGAGGCGGGAGGCACCGCGGCGCCGGAGAACUUCUCGUUCUUCCAGUCUCACGCCUCGUCUUCGUCGUCGGCCUUCAGUAGAGCCUCUCCGCUUCUCCCUGCACUCGACCUGGGUGGCGCUUCGGAGGUCCUGCAGGCGGCGGCGAAGGCGGCGGCCGCGGCCUCAGCCGCGAAUGCCGCCGCGGAAGGAUUUGGCUCCGGAGCCGUGGCCACGAGCGAGGCAGGAAAAUUCGGUGCGUUCUUCUCAGGUGGCUCUGGAGCCCCUCCGACGGCGCAGCCCGCAUCCUGCGCGAAUGAUAACGUGUCUGGAGAGCUGAGCGGGACGCGUGCAGCGCAAGCAGGAGGCGCGCUGACGCAGCAGAUGUCGUCCGCAGUCAAGCCUGAAGAGAGAGGGGGGGCUGGUUUGCGUUUGCCCGUGGCAGCGGCACCCGCAUGCGGAGGCCAGCUCGGGCUGCCCCAAGGAAACGUGCUGCCCGGCGGAGACCGAGCCGGAGUCGGAGGUCCUUCGCUCUUGCCGCCCCCUGCCGUCAAGCACGAUGUCGGAGGCUCUCUCCAGCGGACGCCUCUCGAAUGCAGUCCGCAGUCCUCAGGCCAGCGAGGCAACUACGCUGCGAGCGGCGCGUCUGCCGCGGCUCACGGUCCCGCGACGGGCGGUUUGAAGGACCCGAGUACGGCUGUGGUGGCGGGCAGGGAGACAGGGACUGGAGCGCCAGGUGGAGACACCGCAGGCGCGGGCCCCGGUGUUCCCUUCGCGCCGUCGGGCACGACUGCAGGGCCGCUGCCUGUCUCAGUUGUUGCAGAGGCCUCGGCUUGA